AUGGCUUCCUCGAAAGCAAUCCUCGGCCUCUUCCUUGCCCUCAACCUCCUAAUGUUCUCCUAUUCCACCACCGCCACCACCUGCGACCCGGCCAACUUGGGCGUUUGCGUUGACUUGCUGGAGUACCUGCUCAAGAUCAGGAUCGGAGCCCAGCCAGCAAGCGAGCCGUGCUGCAGCUUCAUCAACGGGGUGGCUGACCUCGACGCCGCGCUUUGUGUUUGUGCGGCCCUUAAAACAUCCACUCUGGGGCUCGGAGGACUCAUUAACGGUCUCAACAUCAACCUCGCUCUCACUGUGCUUCUCAACAAAUGUGACCACAGCGUCCCCCUUGGCUUUGUCUGCGCUUAUUGA